AAAACAUUCAGAGGGCAAACAUUUUCGUCAGUUAAAAGCAAAUCACUUUGGUUGCUCUGAAACAGUUGCAGUGUCUUUAAAUCGUUUUAUAUAUUUUUAACAUUAUAGGUAAAGAUGUCUGUUCAAAGGCCUUGUAUCUUCCUUUUGUAAUGAUAGGGAGUAAAUACUAUUUAUUUGGCAUACAUAUUUAAAAGAUGUGUCUAGUAUUAAAUAACUUGGUUCAAUCUUAGUUUGUAUUCUCAUGCAAAUCACAAACUUGACUAAUUUUUUUAUUUUUUUUUCCUGAAACUGAAAUAGAUUUUAUUUGAAAUUUGCAAUUCCAACUGAAUCUGGAACCUUAAUAACAUUACAGACCAUGAGGUAUGAUAUUUUGCUGUACUGAGUAGCUGAGUGUUAAAGCUCUCCCCACAGGAGAGAACAAAAUUGAAUAGAUUCCGUGCAGCAUAUGAAUCCACUAUAUGCUUGGAUUUACAAAUUAAGUACCUUAAAAUGUAGCUUUGUAAAUGUACUAAUUGCUAGCCUUCCUCUGAUGGUGGAAGAUGAUGGUAAGUUUGUCCUUGCAACCCCAUCAAAUUAAGAAGUUUUUAUUAAUUACAUUUUUGUUGUUGUUUCUUGUAGGCGUUGUGGUAAAUGGCCUGAUUAACAUCAGUAUCACAACAAUUGAGAAGCGCUAUGAGUUGAACAGCUCCCUUACUGGCUUGAUAUCUGCAAGCUAUGACAUUGCUUUUUGUGUACUGUCACUGUUUGUAUCUUUCUUUGGAGAAAGAGGGCACAAACCACGAUGGCUGGCUUUCUCAGCGUUUAUGCUAGGAUUGGGCUCACUUGUAUUUUCCUUACCGCACUUCAGCAGUGGAAAAUAUCACUAUGGAGCUAAACUUGAAGAUACAUGUCAGAUUUCAGGAACAAGCUCUGCUAAUUUCACUUGCAGUGCCAGCACAAAGUCUUCACUUUCCAAUUAUCUCUAUGUCUUUAUACUGGGACAGCUGCUGCUGGGAGUCGGAGGAACUCCUCUAUAUACUCUGGGGACAGCUUUUAUUGAUGAUAGUGUUCCAAAGCACAAAUCUUCCCUUUACAUAGGAAUUGGCUAUGCCAUGUCACUGCUUGGGCCUGCUAUUGGCUAUGUUUUAGGAGGACAGCUACUUAAUAUUUAUAUUGAUAUCAAGAUCCCAGAAAGUACACAGAUGGACCAAGAUGACCCACGCUGGCUUGGAGCAUGGUGGAUAGGAUUCCUUGUAUGCUUUUUUGCAAUUUGGUUUCUGAUAAUACCAUUUUCAUGCUUUCCGAAAUACUUGCCGGGAACAGCAAAAAUACAAGCAGAAAAAAUCUCAGAAACCCAUAAUGAUGGAAGUGAGGCACUUGUUGAAACAAAGAAUAUUGGAAAAAAUUUUAAAGACUUUCCUAUUGCUCUCCUGAUUUUGUUGAAGAAUCCUGUGCUUAUGAGUCUAAUACUAGCCAGCACCUCAGAAGCUUUAGUUGCCACUGGCUUUGCCACAUUCUUACCAAAGUUUAUAGAAAAUCAGUUUGGACUGACAUCAAGUUUUUCAGCAACUCUUGCAGGGCUUGUAUUAGUUCCGGCAGCAGCACUAGGCCAAGUCAUAAGUGGCAUCUUGGUAUCCAAGUACAAAAUGGAUUGCAAAAACAUAAUCAAGUUCAUGAUAGGCACUUGUUCAGUUGCCUUUCUGUUAAACACAGUCUUUUUAGUUGCUAAAUGUGGGAAUGAACCUUUUGCUGGUGUUUCUGAAACGUAUAAUGGAUACUACCCUGUUUGUGGCAGAGAUGAAGUCCAGUACUUUUCUCCGUGUUUUGCAGGAUGUGCAUCGUCUAAUCUUAGUAACAAGAAAAAGACUUACUACAACUGUUCCUGUAUUGGAAAGCAGAAGAGAGAAAACAUUUCGGAAGACUUUCUCUUUGAAGCUAUAUCUGGGAAAUGUCCAACACAGUGCAAACAUUUACCUUUAUUUCUGAUCUACUUCUUUUUUGCUGUUGUUUUUACAUUUAUGGCUGUUACUCCAUCUACUGUGGCCGUUCUCAGAUGUGUGCCAGAUAAGCAACGCUCAUUUGCUCUUGGAGUGCAGUCAGUGUUUCUACGACUAUUAGGUACUAUUCCUGGACCAAUUUUGUUCGGCUUCGCAAUUGAUAACAGUUGUUCUCUGUGGGAUGUCAAUGAAUGUAAAACUAAAGGAGCCUGCUGGGUUUAUGACAAUGAAAAAAUGGCAUAUCUUUUGAUGAGCAUGAGUGCUGCUUGCAAAAUCAUCACGAUCAUCUUUGUGGUCAUGGCAUUGUUUUUGUAUAAGCCUCCGCAAUCGAGACCAGUUCUGCCACAAAAGGAUUCAGAAAUGGUAUCUGCUAUACAUGCAUAAAUUGUGAGCAAAUCAGUGACUUUCAAAACAAAUUAAGAGUAAGCUCCACUGUGUACAUUUGAAAAAAGGCCCUUAAAUUUCUAGUCUCAUAACUUGAAUGAAAUGUGGUAGAAUAUUCCAAUCUCUGUUAUCCCCCAGGCCCUCACUUUGCCUCCCUUCCUUCC